GGCGGCGCGCCCAGCGCGAUGCGGCUGCUGCCGCUGCUCUUCUUGCUGCUGGCGGGCGAGCGCGGGGAGCGGCAGGUGGCCCGUCGCGUCGCCUCCUGCCCGCAGCAGCCGCAGCCUUCGCCCCGACGCCUCAGCGGGCGCGAGAAGCGGGAGAUGCAGCGCGAGAUCCUGGCCCUGCUGGGCUUGCCGGGCAGCUCCGCUCCGGCCGGCGCCCGCCACUGGCCGCCCCCCUCCGCCGCCCCCCUCUUCAUGCUGGACUUGUACCGGGCCAUGGCCAGCAACGACGAGCACGACGGCCCCAGCUGGACGCCCCAGCGGAGGGCGCUUGACGGCGCCGACACCGUCAUGAGCUUCGUCAACGUGGUUGAACUGGACAGAGAUAUCUUCUAUCAAAAGCCAUACUGGAAGGAGUUCAGGUUCGACUUAACCCAGAUCCCAACAGGGGAGUCUGUAACAGCAGCUGAGUUCCGCAUUUACAAGAUGCAGAGCAUCACUCGCCACAUCAAUCAAACCCUGCACAUCAGCAUUUAUGAGAUUGUCCAAGAUCACCCCAACAGAGAAUCGGAGUUACUCCUUUUGGAUCUGCAGGAUUUUCUGGCUGGGAUGGAGGGCUGGCUGGCUUUUGAUGUCGCAGCUGCCAGUAAUCACUGGUUGUUAAACCGCAAAUACAACCUGGCCUUGAGACUUUACGUUGAAAUGGAUGAUGGGCAGAGCAUCGAUCCUGGAUUAGCAGGCCUCUUGGGUCGCCAUGGGCCACGCUCCAAGCAGCCCUUCGUAGUGACAUUCUUCCGGGCGAGUCAGAGCCAGGCCAGGCUCCCACGAGCUGUCAGGCAGCUAAGGAAGAAGCAGCACAAGAAGACCAACAGUUUCCCCCAUGCAAAUAGACUCCCAGGAUCAUUCGAUGAUGUUCAUCCUUCUGAAGGGAAGCACGUGUGCAGGAGACAGGAGUUGUAUGUCAGCUUUCAAGAUCUUGGAUGGCUGAACUGGGUGAUUGCCCCCCAAGGCUACUCAGCCUUCUACUGCCAAGGAGACUGUGCUUUCCCUCUGGAUUCCUGCAUGAAUGCCACCAACCAUGCCAUUCUCCAGUCCCUGGUCCACCUGAUGAAGCCAGACACCGUCCCCAAGGCUUGCUGUGCCCCCACCAAACUGAGCGCCACAUCUGUGCUCUAUUACGACAGCAACAACAACGUCAUCCUCAAGAAGCACCGCAACAUGGUGGUGAAGACAUGUGGCUGCCUUUGAUGCCCUGGGAGACCCUAGGGCUGCCAAACUCCAGGUAGGGCCUGGAGAUUCCCCAGAAUUACAACUGAUCUCCAGUGCCCCUGGAGAAAAAAUAGCUGCUUUGGAGGGUGGACUCUUUGGCAUUCCACUGAGUUGCCUCCCCUCCCCAAGCCCAGUCCUCCCCAGGAUCCACCCCCAAAUUUCCAAGAAUUUCCUGGCAACCUACAGGCAAGGGGGGAAAGUAGGGAUGGUCUCGCGGGGUAGGCAGCACCUGUUGCUGAAGAAGUGUGUUUAGAGGAAAUGAGAGGCUGGGAUUGGUGACCUUCCCUCUUCCCCGUUCUUAAAGAACAGGCCAUGGCGCCUGACCGUGGACUGACACGGGUGGAAAGGCCUCGCUUUGGCUAGCGACUGGUUUGUUCCUAGCCUGCGCAAACAACGGGCCCCAGUAGAAAAGCCUCUGCCAAAGAAACUAAAACAUGACCUGGCUACAGACACAGGUCUCUUUUGUCCUCUGUGCCAGAAUCCUCCCAAAGAUCCGGCUGCAGUUUAAAUUAAAUUUAAAAACUAAAUUAAAUUUAAGCAUCUGAAGGAGAAACCCCAUGGAAACUGAUAUGCUUGCUUUGCAUAAAUAUACUCUUAUUCGUAUGCUUUAUUUUGUGCCUAAUAUAUUGAGGGUUUUUAAAAAAAAAAUAGAAUGGACAUUUU